CCAUCACUUGUGCGCUUAAAUACGGAACGUUUUGUGCAGACAGCCAACCAAAUCAAAGAAACAAAGUAAGAAGUGAUUCUUCUUCUCCCCCAGCAGUUCUUCUCGCAAAAGCACUUUUUAAUUGUACCAGCCUAGGCUGCAGUUUUGAUGAAUUCAUAUCUAGAAUGGUUAGUUAAAGAUGAUGAAGAUGACGGUUUGUUUGACUGAUGAGAUAAUAUUGGAGAAGUCGCUUCCAGUAGUAAAAUUUCCCUCAUUCUCAGCGCUUUCAGGUAAGCAAGCAUGGGAGCUGGUGGCCAUAUGACAAGCGCCGAUGGUAAGCAGGAAGGGGAGGAAAGCCCCAUCCGGCGUGCACCGCAUACAAAGCCUCCCUUCACGCUUGGCCAAAUCAAGAAAGCCAUUCCGCCUCACUGCUUCAAGCGCUCGCUCAUCCGUUCGUUCUCCUAUGUUGUUUAUGAUCAUGUGUUGGUGUUCCUCUUCUACUACAUUGCCUCUAAUUAUAUCCCUCUCCUCCCUCAUCCUUUAGCCUACUUAGCGUGGCUCGUUUAUUGGAUUUUCCAAGGCUGUGUUCUCACCGGCAUCUGGGUUAUCGCCCACGAGUGCGGUCACCAUGCCUUUAGUGACUACCAAUGGGUGGAUGACACCAUUGGUCUCAUCCUCCACUCAGCCCUUUUAGUCCCCUACUUCUCGUGGAAGUUUAGUCACCGGCGGCAUCACUCGAACACCGGUUCUCUCGAGCUCGACGAAGUAUUCGUCCCGAAAACUAAGUCCAAAAUCCCGUGGUUUUCCAAAUACUUGAACAACCCUCCAGGGAGAGCUCUCACCCUUUUAUUCACACUUACUCUUGGUUGGCCUUUGUACUUAAUUUGCAAUGUAUCAGGCAGGCCUUACGAUCGCUUCGCCUGCCACUUCGAUCCCUAUAGCCCCAUCUACUCGAAUCGCGAGAGAAUCCAAAUUUACAUUUCUGACGCUGGCAUCUUCACCGCGAUCUACAUUCUCUACCGCAUCUCGAUGGCCAAAGGACUAGCUUGGCUCGUAUGUAUCUAUGGAGUUCCAUUGCUUAUCGUGAACGGCUUCCUCGUCUUGAUCACAUAUUUACAGCACACGCAUCCGGCCCUGCCACACUACGACUCGUCGGAAUGGGACUGGCUGAGGGGCGCUUUGGCGACUGCAGACAGAGAUUAUGGAGUGUUGAAUAAGGUCUUUCAUAACAUUACAGAUACACAUGUAGCUCACCAUCUCUUCUCCACCAUGCCACAUUACCAUGGAAUGGAGGCAACCAAAGCAAUCAAGCCAAUAUUGGGAGAGUAUUACCAGUUUGAUAGCACCCCGUUUUACAAAGCAAUUUGGAGGGAGGCUAAAGAGUGUCUCUACGUUGAACCCGACGAGUGUUCUCCAGUGAAAGGCGUUUUCUGGUACGGGAACAAAAUAUGAAAUGGCCGUGGAUAGCUAAGGUUAAAUAUAGUCAAGUAUUAUUAUUUUAUAUAUUAUUACAAAUGUGGUUGUGGUUGCAUGUUGUGCUAAAAAAGGAAGAAAAUAAUGUAUUAGUUUUACGCUAAAAAGUGUUGAGAGCUCGAAACUUCUAAUGGAGCUAAAUAUUAUGUUUCAAAACUUUAAUUAUGUUGUGCUUGUUUUAUGAAAUCUCUGUUAAAAGAAUUUUUUAUCAA